AGGUUGAACGGUCAGGGGUUGCCCAGCUUUAAAAUAACAUUACACUAAAACUCGUCUGUAUUGUGAUGCUACUGAGCCAGGCUUUCUAACAAAACGGGGGAGGGAGAGCUCAGUGGUUUGUGCAUUGGUCUGCUAAACCCAGGGUUUAAUCCUUGAGGGGGCCAUGUAGGGAUCUGGGCCAAAAUCUGUACUUGGUCCUGCUAGUGAAGGCAGGGGGCUGGACUCGAUGACCUUUCAAGUUCCCUUCCAGUUCUAGGAGAUAGGAUCUCUCCAUAAAUUAUUAAAAACAAGAGGUCAAAAGGCCUCACAACUGCGCAUAAUAGUGAUAUUAGUCUAUGUAAAUUAAGAACUGAAACCCUUUACUAGACGUGGAGAGACAAGUGACCGAGGAGACAACUACGCCCAUAAAACCUGACGGGUUCAGAAUGGGAUGCAGAUUCAUGGCAUUUGCUGCCUCUAAAACCCUCUGUUGUCCUCAAACAAAGGUCAGUGAGAGAAGCUCAUGAUCAGACUACAGAGUGUUCCCUGGGGGCUGUGAUGGCAGCAGUUCAAGCAGUGGAGAGGAAAGUUAAGUCCUACACCCUGCGAUUGCUGAAUCUGGAGAGGAGACUGGGCAGUGCUGAGAAGAAACUAAUAGGCUGCGAGAAAACAGCAUGGGAGUUUGAUACCAAGCUGGAGAGUAAGUGGGCCAUGUUGGGAACUCUGAUCCAGGAGAAUAAUCUGCUGCAGAGGAGGCUGGAGAACGUGGAGAACCUGCUGAAGAACGGGAACUUCUGGAUCAUGCGACUCCCCCCAGGCACUAAGGGGGAGGUGCCCAAGGUGCCGGUGACGUUUGAUGACGUCUCCGUCUAUUUCAACGAGCAGGAGUGGGCGAACUUAGACGAAUGGCAGAAAGAGCUUUACAAGAACGUGAUGAAAGAGAAUUAUGAGACCCUGAUCUCCCUGGAUUCUGCUGUUUCCAAACCUGACAUCCUGUCUCAGAUUGAGCGAGGGGAAGAGCCCUAUCUAAGGGAUCAGCCAGGAUCCCAGGAUAGAUCAGGAGAAAAAGAUCAGAGUGAAGAGGGAUCAGAGGAAAAUGAAGUCCCUAUAGACGCCUGCCCAGAAUCUCUGGUUUCUACCAUGGAUAUUUUAUCGUGGGUUAUACAAGAGGAGGAGCCCUGUGAGAACAAUCAGCCAGGUCUGGAGGGGAGACCGAGCCCUACAGACCUCAGCACUGGAGAUGGCCAGUUAAUGACAAAAGAAGCCAGGUUUGAUGGGGAUUGUGAACCUGAAAAUCUGGAGGCAGAGGGGGAAUUACCAGGAAGACCCAGAGAGAAGGUCCUCCAGACCUUGGCCGAGAGCCAGUUGUGCUCUAAGCAGCCAGACCCCGAGGAGAAAAGGUGGUGUGACUCCACUGAAGGGGAGAGUGGCUUAAAGACGCUGAGUGUCUGCCCGCGGAACCGCCCGAGGGACCGACUAUACCCUUGUACAGAGUGCGGGAAGAGCUUUCGGCUGAAGAUCAACCUUAUCAUUCACCAGAGGAGCCAUGCAAACGAGGGGCCGUACGAGUGUCCUGAGUGUGAGAUCCGCUUCGCUUCCAAGCAGCAUCUUGCUCUGCAUCAGAGGAUUCACACAGGAGAGGGAGCUCCGGCACCUGGACUUGGGGAAAGCAGCGAUCUGGAGCUGAGACUCUGCCCAGGAAUGGAGGCCAAGGGAACCGCCCGCAGAAGCACGAGAAGCAAAUCCGGCAUCGGGGAGCACCGGCCGAGCCACACUGAUGAGAGGCUGUACAUGUGCCGCCCGUGUAAGAAACACUUCUCCCAGGAGAUGGAUCUAACGAGGCACCAGAAGACUCACAGCAAGAUCUUCCCAACGUGCACCGUGUGCUGGAAGACGUUCACCUGCUCCUACAGCCUCCGCAGGCACCAGAUGGUCCAUUCUGGAGAGAGGCCGUAUCACUGCCCCGACUGUGAGAGACGCUUCGCCCGCAAGCUGAACCUCUUGCGGCACCAGAGGGUCCAUGCCAGGGAGAAGAUCCUGAGGGUGCGGCGAAUGCACCGACAGAUCGCCCGGCAUUCGCCGCCCUCUGAAGCACCGGGGCAGCCGCUGCAGGGAGAAGCUGCCAGCUCCCAGUCCACAGAAACCUUCACUGCUCACCAGACAACGCACCCAGGAAAGACGUGAUCGCUGCACCCACUGCAGCAAAAGCUUCUACCGUGACCAGUCUCAAUUACCAGUACAGAUCUCACACUGGGCGAAGGGAGGGGCUUCCCAGCUCCCAGCACACGGGGACAGCCCAGCCCCACUGGCUGUAAGAACAGGAAAUAAGGCAGUCGCCGGCGAGGACUGAUAAAUUACCACCUGGGAAAGGAUGCAGCAAGCGUUGGGUGAUGUUCUUUGGCCUGGGUUGUGCAGGAGUUCAAAGUAGAUGAUCAUAAUGGUCCCUUCUGGCCUUAUCUAGGGAGUGACGCCCAGGUGAGCAUUGUCCAGCUGCCUCUGAAAUGUCAGGGUGGCUGGAAUCUCAGGGAAACUGUGUCAGUGUCUAGGUGCAUCUUGGAGCUGAGGGGGCCCGUCUGAACUGUAGAGAAUCCACAAGCCCGAUAACUGGGGCUUUCCCCUGCAGGGGAACGGAGCAGGAGGGAGUGCUUGGAUGCCAUGGUGGGGAUGUUCCUGUGGAGGCCCGCACAGUUCAAUAUGCUUUGCAGUUCCUUAUGUUCUCAGCAGGGCUUUCUAGUUCUCUGCCUCUGCCCUAUUCGCUAAUGCAUUACCUGAUUCCCACGUCGCUUUCCCGGGUAUUGGAGACUCUGCUUGUCAGUUAGACUUUGGUUUCAUUCAGCACCGAUCCCGUUAAGGUUUUACGAGGCCGAGAGGUUGUGAGCCCCAAGCACACGCUGCGGGGGGAAGGGUAGGAGUGGGGAGUAACUUGAUGGGGGUUUGGAUCCCUCCCAGCUCCACCGUCCUCGCAUUAUGCAAACUGAUGUGGAGACAGGCAGUAUCCCCCAUGCGUGCCCUUUUGUGACUGAGGGACAGAGCCCCCCAGCAGCACAGAGUGGGGGCAUCCAGGUCUUAGAAGCUACUGGGGGGGAGUAGGUGUAGGAUAAAUAUGAAAUUAAAGAAUUAGGGUUAGUAAAUUGCUCAUUACUAGGCACGUUUAGAGCAAUUGCAUAAAUACCAUUUGGCCUUUGGAUUUGACAGUUUGAGUGGCAUGGUAAUAGCCUGCCUCAGUAAUAAUUCCAGCAGAGGGGUUGAGUCUCCAGCAGUCCACGGGUGGAAAUCAUGACUGCUCUGACCCAUCAUGUGACGCUGAAGCCCAUCACUGGCUUUGGGAAACACUAACAAAUGAUGGGAGACACACGGGGCUGGCCAGAUGAAAAGCCAGUCAGGCCUAGCUCCCUUUUCACUGUCCCAGACCGUCUCGGAGUUGUAGCGAGGAAAGCAGGGCAAGGAACGGUUUUCCCAGCUGCAGAAACUGCCGGGACUGCAAAGAUUUUUUCCUGUUCUGCAUCGGGCCAAAACUCAGACCUUUCAAAAAUUUCCCGAGACAUCUGCCCUGCCAGCAGAAUAGCCAGUAGCCCAGAGGUUGGGGCACUCUGCAGAGAUGUGGGAGACCCAGGUUCGAGGCUUGACUCUGCCUGAUUCAAUCUCAGGACUUUGUAGCUGAAUUUUUUAAUAUAUAAAUAAUCGUAUAAUUAUGUAAGCUGUGUGUGGGUAAUAGAUUAGAGUUGUCCAUGUGGUAGAAUAUGAGUAGGCUCCCAGCACAGGGGCAUGGGACUAAUGAGUGUGGGUCUCUGAUGAGUACGUAAGGCUGUAACGCUAGGCCUACAGGUGUUAGGGCUGUAAGAUGCAUAGCAUGGCCAGAGAGGGUCUCGGAGCUAGAACAGGUGGGCAUGACUAGUUGACUGAAAGAUAACCCUGUUCCAGGAACGUAUGAGAUUACUGUAAAAGGUGUGUUAAGUGCUGAUAUUCAGGAAACUGCAGCAUAGGUUCUAGUCUGUUCCUUGUAUAAUGCACCAGUUAAUACCGCAAGGUGCCCGAGAGUGACAUUUUGGGGGAUUUUGUAAUGACCUCACAUUGCUGUGGUAACUCAUUGACAUGGAUGUUAGUGAGAAUGAGGGGACAGCCAGUGAGGAAUGUGGGGUGUGGAAGCAUGGAUAAGGGAGAAGGGGUUGCAGCCUGUCCGUGUAUAUAUGAGCCUUAGGGUACGUCUUCACUACCCGCUGGAUCGGCGGGUAGUAAUCGAUCUAUCGGGGAUUGAUUUAUCGCGUCUCGUCUAGAUGCAAUAAAUCGAUCCCCGAACGCGCUCCCCUUUGACUCCAGAACUCCAUCAGGCCGAGAGGCGGAAGUGGAGUUGACGGGGGAGCCGGGGCCGUCGAUCCCACGCCGUGAGGACGCGAGGUAAGUCUAUCUAAGAUACGUCAACUUCAGCUACACUAUUCUCGUAGCUGAAGUUGCGUAUCUUAGAUCGAUUUCCCCCCUUUCCCUCCCCCCGCAGUGUAGACCAGCCCUUCUUAACUCAGGAUAAGAGGUGUUGCCCAGUCUGUGUGCUGGUGGGAUGCACCAGGUGAUGCUAGGAUGACAGCUGAUGAUGAUGAUGAUGAAGGAAUGACUUACAUUCUAGGAUCCCCCAGUAGGAGAUGUGACACUUGAGUGAUGCUGGUCAUAGGGCCAAACUCUUUGCACUCUCGCCCUGUCUGCUGUUGUGUUUCAGUAUCUGGGGGAUUGUUUAUCUGCUGAGUGGAUUUGUUAAUAAAGGGACUCAUGAUGAAUUGCAGUUGUUUCUCGUGUGCUCCUAGAGUCUCUUAUUCCAAUGAUAUUGAUGAUGAUAUUCCUGAUGCUGUAGUCCUCAGGAGACCAAACCUUUGUUGACCACAGCGAUCUAAGAGAUUAAUCAAUACAACUGUCUAUUAAUUAUGCUGCAACUUGAAUCUGAUUCUCCCACAUCCCAAGGGAGUGCCUGACCCAACAAGCUAUUGGCUAUUCUGGGAUGUCUCAUUUUCUCUUGUUUUGACCAGAAAUUCCAGCCUGCAGCUGAGAGAGUUCAGUUGAAACUGAUACGUUCCCACAAAAAGUUCAUGAGGAAUCUGCAUUUCCCGAUGAAAAAACAGUUUGGUAGGUGGCUGCUAGAAGAGAUGACAUCAAAGCAACGACAGGGUGAGUCAAGUCAGAGACAUCAGGUAGUAGGCGCUGUCUGCAGCUGGCUACUAGGGGCCAGUUUAAAUGCAUAGGUUCCCAGGUUUGCUUUCUGUUGUGGCUGAAAACCCAGAGUGUGAUGUAACAGUUUGACAUUAACAAAUCUGGCCCCUUUCAGAGCAAGCCGUAAGGUGUGUGGGUUUGGUUAGCAUGUUGUUUCUUUAUUCCAUCAGAGCACCGCUGGCCAUUUUGUGUUGGCAGGUGUGGGUAGCACUGUAUCACUUCUGCAUUUGCAAUGUUUAGUAUUGUGGAGCUUGGUAUAGAGGCAACUGCCAUCAGACGUCACUAAAAUGGGUGAGAGGUUGCACACACAGUUUUCAGAUUCAGAAGCCAGAAGGGACCAUUGUGAUCAUCUAGUCUGUCCGGUAACACAGGCCAGAGAACUUCCCCAAAAUAACUCCUAAUGCAGAGCUUCUGGAAAACAUCCCAUCUCGAUUUAAAAAUUGUCAGUAAUGGAGAAUCCACCACGACCCUGGGUAAGUUGUUCCAAUGGUUAAUUACCCUCACUGCUAAAAAUGUACAUGUUAUUUCCAGUCUGAAUUUGUCGAUUUGUCCAGCCAUUGGCUCGUGUCCUACCUUUUUCUGCUAAGUUGAAGAGUCCAUUAUUAAAUAUUGGUUCCCCAUGUAGAUACUUACAGACUGUAAUCAGGUCACCCCUUAACGUUCUUGGUUAGACUCAAAGAGCUCAGUCUAUUUAGCUUAUCACUAUAAGGCAGGUUUUCUAAUCUUUUAAUCAUUCUCGUGGCUUGUCUCUGACCCCUCUCCAAUUUAUCAACAUCCUGCUUGAACUGUGGGCACCAGAACCGAACGCAGGAUUCCAGCAGCGUUGCACCAGUGCCAAAUACAGAGGUAAAAUACACUGUACUCUCGAGAUUCCCAUUAGAAUCGCAUUAGUUCUUUUAGCCACAUUGUCACACUGGGAGCUCACGUUCAGCUGAUUAUCCACCAAGCCCCCCAUAUCUUUUUCGGAGUCCUGGUUCCCAACAUAGAGUGUAGUGUAGUGUGGUGUAGUGGUGACUCUCCCAUUACAGGGACUGGUGAGGCUCUGGAUGCAGACACAUCGUGCUGGUUAAUUUGUUGAGUGGUUGGGCUUUUAAAAGAACCAACUAGGAACGAGCCCAUGGAGUGCACAGCUCAUCUCAUUGCAACACGUACUUCCCCUGCUCCUGCCUGUUAUCCCUGGUUCUCAUGUAGACGCCGAUCCUGCAAACACUUGGGACCUGAUCCAGCUCCCAUUGAAGUGAAUGGAAAAACUGCCAGAUCAGGCCCUCAGUGCUGAGUAGAGUGCGUCGAUUCAUUGGUUUAUUUGGGAUCGUUCAAGCGGAGCGCUCACUAUUUUGGUGGUAAGUGUUUGCAGGACUGAACCCCAGGGCUACAGUCAAGCCAUCCCGAGGGUUGAAUUUGCCCAUGUGGCUCUGACUAGAGGCUCAAGGCUCUAGAUUGUACAUUCUUUAUGAUUGAGACUUCUCAUCUUGUAUUAAUUCCACGUGUGCCUCUUUAGUGGUACAGAAAUAGUAAUGGAUCUGUAUAUACGUUCUCCUGCGUCUUUUGGCUUUGCUUUACUUGUUUUAUUAAUUUGUAUUACCAUUCACCUAGGAGCCCUAGUCAAUGGAUGCAGGGAGACGGCCUUUUGUUAACUUUUGUAUAUUUCACAGAUUAAAAAAAUAAAUGGAAAAGAAUCACAAUAAAAUGUGCUAUUUGA